AUGUCUGACAAUCUCGAGCUCGCUCCCGGAAUCUACAGGAUUGAGAGUGCCAAGUGGGUGGGGCAGGUAGUGACCGUGGGUCGUCCUAAUGCCAUCGAUGGCUUCCAGAAAGGUCUCGUAGGCGGUGUGCAAGCCUGGUUGAUCAGAUAUAAUGAAACCGGUCUCGCGACGUUCCAAGGCCGUUCGGCCGACGCGCCGGAUGGAAAAUUCAUUGCUGUCGACUGGAGCGACAGUACUCUGUUUUACGAUGACACGCCUUCGAGUUUUAUACUGCGCAGAAUAGGAGAUUAUGUUGCGGUAUGUAUGGAAACGCCCGAAGGUGUCCUUGCCUGGCAGCUCCCGUCUCCGGAGAAUGGCACGCCUAUAAAGCUUGACAGCCUCGACAGUGAUGUGAAAUUUAAAUGGCGUUUUGAAUUGCUGAACUGA